AUGAUAACAAGAUUAUUUUCUAUUUUUGAACCUUCUUCAAGAAUCUUUUCAUUAUCAAUCAAUUGAUUAUCAACUUUUGUUGGGUUACUUUUUAUUCCCUACCUUUAUUGAGCAGCACCCUCACGUUGAGCAUUAGUUUGAUCCAAAAUUAUGCAACUUCUUCACAAUGAAUUUCAAGCAAUUUUAGGACAAGCCACUAAAGGUUCAACUAUUUUAUUCAUUUCUUUAUUUAGAUUUAUUAUAUUCAAUAACACUCUCGGGCUGCUCCCAUAUGUGUUUACUAGAUCAAGACACCUUGCGAUAACUCUUACGCUUGCUUUACCUUUAUGGCUAACUUUUAUUUUAUUUGGUUGAAUUAACCAUACCCAACACAUGCUUGCUCAUAUGGUUCCCCAAGGAACACCAGGGCUUCUGAUACCAUUUAUAGUGUUAGUAGAAACUUUAAGAAAUAUUAUUCGACCAGGAACUUUAGCCGUUCGACUAGCAGCUAACAUAAUUGCAGGACAUCUUUUGUUGACACUUUUAGGCAAUAUAGGCCCUUCUUUGUCUUUGACUUUAGUGUCGUUUUUAAUACUAGCUCAAAUCCUUCUUUUAAUACUAGAAUCUGCUGUUGCAAUAAUUCAAUCGUAUGUAUUUGCUGUUCUAAGGACUUUAUAUGCCAGAGAAGUUAACUA